UGAAAAUAUUCCUCACGCCACUGCAACUCCUAACGCCGAUCCUUAACUUCUAAGCUAUCCCGGACAGUGCUCCGAGCGACCAACUCCAUCCGAUCCGCGAAGCAGGAUUCGAGGGGAUUUUUUAUCGCUCUCUUUCUCCUGCUCCGAAUCCUUCAGAAGCUCCGAUCGGUUGACCUCGAGGCCUGAAGAUCUCGCUUGCUCUCCCGAGGAAAGGGGAAACCGGGGAAAAUGCAGAAGAUGGCGCAGUCGUGGUUCUCCCCCGACGGCGGCGGCAGCAGCGGCGGCGGCGGCGAGGAUCCGCAGAAACCGUCGUCCUCCCUGCUGGCCGAUUGGAACUCGUACGCCGCCUCCCGUGAGCCCGACGACGACGCCAGCUUCGGCAUCGGCUUCGAUAUCGAAUCCGCCGUCAGGUCUGCCAACGACACCGUCUCCGGCACCUUCGGCGUGGUUUCGAAAGGUGUUAGAGACUUACCUGGGAACUUCCAAUCUGCUGCCAGUACAGUGCCUUCUGGGAAGGCUCUCAUGUAUUUUGGUUUAUUUCUGGCUAGUGGUGUCUUCUUCAUUGUGAUUGCUUUUACAAUGUUCCUCCCGGUCAUGGUGUUGGUGCCUCAGAAAUUUGCCAUAUGCUUCACACUCGGUUGUUGCUUUAUCAUUGGAUCCUUUUUUGCUCUCAAGGGUCCAAUGAAUCAGCUUUCUCACAUGUCGUCGAAAGAAAGGCUUCCUUUCACCGUGGGAUUUGUUGGCAGCAUGGUUGGUACCAUAUAUGUCUCGAUGGUGCUUCACAGUUAUCUCCUUUCUGUGCUCUUCUCUAUAUUGCAGGUUCUUGCACUGGUCUACUAUGUCAUUUCAUACUUCCCAGGUGGGUCUACAGGGAUGAAAUUUCUCUCGUCGGCACUUACUUCAUCGAUAAUGAGAUGCUUUGGUCGAUGAACGAGCUGUAGUAGCUUUGUCUGUUAUAUCUGUCGUGUUGUUGUUUGAUAUAGCUCCAGGACCCGAAUGACUUUGGUUAUUAGUUGGAAGGCAAGGAUUUGGACAAGGAGCUUCCAAGCAA